AUGGAAGACCCAGUUGCUGAAAUUCCGGGAGUUAUCCAUCUCCUCACCCAGUCUGUGCCUUCAGUGCAACAACAGACGAUUGAGAAAUACUUCACGCCUUCAGCGUCAAUUACACAUCCCUUUUUACGCUCUGGAUCGUUCCAAGGGAGCCGAUGGCUUAUAGUUCGCAUAUUCCUUUUUUACAAGAUCAUGUCGCCACACGUUGAUCUACAGGUCAAGUCCGUUGCACUCGACCGUGAAAACCUGCUCCUAUACGUCACGGUGUCCCAGAUCUUCCGUAUAUUCAUAGUCCCAUUUUACACUGCACCCGUCACUCUCACCACCGUCCUCCAGCUCGCCAAGUCGACCGAGAAAGUAGAACGAGGGAGUAUAUUCCAGCAAGGGCUGAAAGCUCCAGUUGUUGAACUCACGAACUCGAACACGGAUCUCCUCGCGUCUCCGCCUGCAUCAAUUUCGUCAUCAUCAUCUACGCAGGACGAGGAACUAACCAUUCAGCCAACCAAGUCGACAAAAACCCUAUAUUACAUUGCAUCGCAGAACGAUCUUUACCAGCCAAACGAGUUUAUAAAAUUUGUUGUCCCGUUUGGGAUUGGAUCUAGCCUGGUACUGUUCUGGCAUGCCUUUGCCACUGUUUUCUGCGUGAUCGCCUCAUUUGUCUUCUACCCUAUUGCGUGGGCGGAGGAGAAAGGCAUGCUCCACGUUACUCGAUUUGAUAGUGUUCUUAAUAGAGUAGAUAAAACUUGA